GGGGACACUGAGUCUGGCAAGGUGACAAGAAAGAAUAGGUCAAAGGAGAGCCUAGGGGAAAGGCUUUCAAGCAAUGGGAAGAGCGCCUGUAAAAGCCCCAGGUGUGAAAGAAUUUUAUGCCUAAGGACCAGCAGGGGAGCUCCUUGUGGCUAUAUGGUGGGUGUAGGCAGAGUGGUUUGAGAUGGGCCUGGGGCCAUAGUAAGGGGUAUGGAUUUUGUUCCAGGGCCUAGGGAAGCCACUGGAGGCUUUAAGCGUGAGAGUGACAUCAUCUGAUUUAUGCUUUUAAAAGAUCACGCUGGCAGCUGUGUUCCUCCCUCUCACUCACUGCUGAAUCCCCGGGGCCUAGAGCUGCUCCUGCCCAUAGUGAGUGAUCAAAAUAGGCCUUGAAUGAAUGCACGCCCCAGACUUCCUGUGUGACCUGGAGGUCCUGGCCCCCUCCCCAGAGGCUGGAUGCAGAGCAGCCACCUCGACUUCUGGCCGCCGUGGCCUCCUCUGGCGCCUCCGAGACAAGCAGGCUCGCCGAGGCCUGUUUGAGAUUGGCCCAGGCCAUGAGCUGCACCAGCUGACGUGCAUGAUGCAAGCAGGGCUGUGGGCUGCCACCCAGGUCUCCAUGGACCACCCGCCCACCGGACCGCCUACUGAGGAGGAUUUCUCCGAGGUCCUGACCCAGGUCCACGAGGGCUUCGAGAUGGGCACCCUGGCUGGCCCCGCCUUCGCCUGGCUGCGCCAAUCCCUAGGCCUGGCCGAGGAGGACUAUCAGGCAGCCCUAGGCCCCGGAGGCCCCUACCUGCAGUUCCUCAGCACCUCCAAGAGCAAGGCCAGCUUCUUCCUGUCCCACGACCAGCGCUUCUUCCUGAAGACCCAGCGGCGUCGGGAGGUUCGGGCGCUGCUCGCCCACCUGCCCCGCUACGUGCAGCAUCUGCAGAGGCACCCACACUCGCUCCUUGCCCGGUUGCUGGGAGUGCACAGUCUGCGGGUGGCUCGGGGAAAGAAGGAAUUCUUCAUCAUCAUGCUGAGUGUCUUCUACCCCGCCGGCCGCAUCUCCGAGAGGUAUGACAUAAAGGGCUGUGAGGUGAGCCGAUGGGUGGAGCCAGCCCCCGAGGGUAGCCCCCUUGUCCUGGUGCUGAAGGACCUCAACUUUCAAGGCAAGACCAUCGACCUGGGGCCCCAGCGGAGCUGGCUCCUCCACCAGAUGGAACUGGACACCGCCUUCCUCCGGGAGCUCAACGUGCUCGAUUAUAGCCUCCUGAUGGCCUUCCAGCGUCUCCACGAGGAUGAGAGGGGCCCUGGCAGCAGCCUCCUCUUCCGCACGGUCAGGUCUGUGCGUGGAGUACAGAGCCCGGAGGAGCCGGGAUCCCAGAACCGCCGGCUGCUGCCUGACUCCCCCAACGCCUUACACAUCCUGGACGGGCCGGAGCAACGCUAUUUCCUGGGCCUCGUGGAUCUCGCCACGGUCUAUGGGCUCCGCAAGAGGCUGGAGCACCUAUGGAAGACGCUGCGCUACCCGGGCCGGACCUUCUCUACCGUCAGCCCCGCUCGCUACGCCCGUCGCCUCUGCCAGUGGGUGGAGGCACAUACCGAGUGACCCGCGCUCGCGGCGCUCGGCAUCUGGACAAUGGGCGCAUGCCGGGAACCAGCGUUGGGCUCCCCUCGCCUGCCGUUCCGCCUUUGGCCUCCAGAGGGCAGCAUCCCCUAACUAAUACCAUGACAACACAGCCUCAUUUGGGGCAAUGCCGUGUUGGCCUUGUGCCAGGGACUCUCCUACGUUAGCUCAUUUAACCCUCAAAAAAAAAAAAAAAAAAAAAAAAAAAGCUAUUAUUCUCUUUUUACAGACCAUGAAAUGGAGGCUCAGGGGGUGAAGGGACUGAGCAAGAUCAUUCAGCAAUAAAUGCUGGAACCAGGA